AUUGACAUAGAAAUGUAUGGCUAGAAAAUGGGAAUUGAAGAAUGGCUACAUCAUGGCACAGAUCAGCAAAUAACCAGAAUUCCCCUCUUAAUAUAAAAGAGUCAAUUAAGAUGAGUUUAUGAAAGACAAAAAAAACAAGAGAUAGAAAAUGGGAAGUGAAGAAAUGGUUGAGAAACGAGUGAUAAAGGUUGCAGCUCUUUGUGGCUCUCUUCGCAAGGCCUCUUUUAACCGAGGCCUUGUUCAAGCAGCAAUAAAGAUGUGCAAAGAGUCGGUGGUAGAGGGGAUGGAGAUUGAAGACAUAGACAUAAGUGAAUUGCCAAUGAUGAAUGAGGAUCUUGAGGUUAAUGGUACUUUUCCUCGGACUGUAAAACAGUUCAGACUCAAGAUUCUUCAAGCAGAAGCUAUUUUCUUCGCUUCUCCAGAGUAUAAUUACUCCCUUACACCAUUGCUAAAGAAUGCUAUUGACUGGGCAUCAAGACCGCCAAAUGUAUGGGCAGAUAAAGCAGCAGCAAUAGUAAGUGUGGAAGGAAGUGGAAGAAGCUCACAAUAUCAUCUUCGUCAAAUUGGAACUUUCCUUGAUAUUCACUUCAUUAAUAAACCUGAAUUCUUUGUCAAUGCAUUUGAACCUCCAUUGAAGUUUGAUCAAAAUGGUGAUUUGAUCGAUGAAGAUUUAAGGAAAAGAUUACAACAUGUGCUCAUCGCAUUACAAGCAUUCACGCUUCGCCUCAUCAAUGGAAAAUAAAUAUUUACAAUACUAUAUCCUCCUAUUUGAUUUGCAUCUCUUUUUUUAGGUGCUAAUAUUAUUUGGUAAGUGAUGAAUAAACAAAUAAUCAUUGGGAGUAAGAAAAUCAUAAUAUGAGAUUACAAGAGAAUUAUCGUUGCCAAAGAAUAUUAUUUGAUUUGCAUCUUUUUUUUUUUUGUAUGUCUUUUCCAUUUGCAAUGCAAAACAUGUUUUAACAAUGGCUCAAAUUUUUCGCAAAUAGAGGCCGCAAAAGAUAAUUUACAACGACCAUAGACUCUAACUUUAAUUUGGAAAUUUAACAAUUUUAUUAGUGACUGAAUUGAUGUAUGGAUGACAAUAGGUCGGACCUGGAUCGGAUUAUCCACCCUGUAACUUUGCUCCGGAUAAAUUCGAAUUAUUUUUUUUAGUCCGCCUCCACUCGGGUCGUAUAAUACAUACUCUGACUUUGCUCCGACUCGGACUCUUGGACCUCCGAUGGUGUUCGGAUUAUUAUCAAUCUUUAUUCUUAUCGAUAUCAUACUAUUUAUUUAAAACAUAAAAACAUUAAAAGAAUAGUCUUUAAAUACACUUUAACAAAGAAAAUAUGUCCUUCAAAUUUAACUUAAAAAGGAAAGAUAGUCCUUCAAUUACAAUUAAACGAAAUAGUCCUUCAAAUACAGUUGAGCAAACAAAAGACUAUAAAGUUCCAUUAACAAACAUAAAAAUUGCAUAAAUGAUCAAGUCAUUAAUUCUUCAACUCUUCAUGCUC